GGACAAAACACUAGACAAUCAUCUUGAGAUGGUUUGAGACUUGCCCGAAUUCUUCAUCCACUAUCAAGCGAGCAAAAAGACUUAAAAGAGACUCAGAAAGUGAAGUUCUGUUGGUUUGGUUGCGGCAGCUGCGUUCCACUUCUAACCCGCAAAUCACCAGGCCCGACUCCUGGAUCUCUGCCAUAGCUCAUAUCUCCGAGCCUCAGCUGUCAUGUCCUUCACUUUUGACUGACUCAUGGAAAUGUCGGCCUCGCUCGCCUCAUCAGAGCAGCCUCGAGUGGGAACAUCUAAUGCGGACUGUAGAAUGCUUUUAGAGCUCACUCCUUGUUAGAGCAUAUUAGAGUAAGACUGGGGAAAGAGAACGGUUUAGGGAAAUGUUCAAAGAAUGCCAGAAAUACCCGAGUUCCCUUUAAAGAGACUAAGUGAGGUAUUCAAAAGCGGGCCACUAUUCAUCUCUUCAAAAGGACUAGGUUGGAAGUCUUGGAAAAAGCGUUGGUUUAUUCUUACGCGCACAUCUUUGGUUUUCUUCAAAAAUGACCCUAGUACCCUUCCACAACCCCGUGGCGAAGUUAAUCUGACUUUGGGAGGCAUAGACUUAAAUAACUCUGGAAGUGUGGUUGUUAGAGAUGAUAAAAAACUGCUAACUGUACUCUUCCCUGAUGGACGUGAUGGUCGGGCAUUUACUCUUAAGGCUGAAACAUCAGAAGAUUUGUAUGAGUGGAAGACUGCUCUUGAGCAUGCUCUUGCUCAAGCGCCCAAUGCUGCACUUGUGAUGGGACACAAUGGCAUUUUUCGAAGUGAGAAUGGCGAUUCAGUGGAGGGGUCUUUCCAUCAUUGGAGGGAUAAGCGUCAUGUUAAGUCUUUGGUUGUUGGACGGCCAAUCUUGCUUGCCCUAGAAGACAUAGAUGGUGGCCCAUCCUUCCUCGAAAAGGCACUUAAAUUUCUUGAGAAGCAUGGAACGAAAGUUGAAGGGAUAUUGCGACAAUCUGCCGAUGUAGAGGAAGUAGAGCAAAGGGUAAAAGCAUACGAGCAAGGUAAGACUGAAUUUGGUUCAGAUGAGGAUGCCCAUGUAAUUGGUGACUGCGUGAAGCAUGUACUGCGCGAGCUGCCAUCAUCUCCUGUUCCUGCAUCUUGCUGCACUGCAUUGUUGGAGGCAUACAAAAUUGAUAGGAAAGAAGCUCGGUUGAAUGCUAUCCGCUCUGCAAUAGUUGAGACAUUUCCUGAACCCAACCGACGGUUACUACAGAGAAUUGUGAAGAUGAUGUAUACAAUCUCUUCACAUGCUUCUGAGAAUAGGAUGAAUUCAUCCGCUGUAGCUGCAUGUAUGGCACCAUUGCUUUUGCGACCUUUAUUAGCUGGUGAAUGUGAGUUGGAGGAUGAUUUUGAUUCCAAUGGUGACAACUCGGCACAGAUUCUUGCUGCUGCUAAUGCUGCUAAUAAUGCCCAAGCUAUCAUUACAACACUCUUAGAGGAGUACGAGAAUAUUUUUGAUGAGGAUAAUCUACAUCGAUGCUCUAUUUCAGCGGAUUCACGCAUUGGAAACAGUGGCAGCGAAGAUUCAAGUGAUGAGGAGAGUUUGGAGGUGAAAGGCAUUGGUUAUCAUGAUGCUGAAAAUGAGGCCUUGCAAGAAUCAGAUGAUGAUCAUGAUCGUGUACUUAGUGGAAAGCUAAGUGACAGCAGUAGCUCUGCUGCCAGUGAUCUUUAUGAUUACAAGGCAUUUGGAGGUGAUGAUUCAGAUUUUGACUCUCCAAGGAACAAUCAAACAGCUGGAAUUGAGUUUAAACCAACUGCAGACUCUCAGCCAGCUACAGAUUCAAACAUUUUAUUUAGUGAACAGCUGGGCGGCCUAGACCGACAUAAAAGGACAUCUGAGUGUGGGAGGGCUACUCCUUCUGAAUCAACAAAUAAUGGAUCUCAGCGGUCUAUGGGUGAAAUACUUUCAUCUAUGGAUCAAGGGCUAUUUCAUCCUUCCUCUGGGAAAAAUUCACCCAUUGGGAGGUCCUCCAGUAAAUUAACUUCCCCCCAUCUCAAUGUCAAAAGAUCAUCAUUCUGGGGCCGAAACAGUGCAAGAAAGACUCCAUCAGUGGAUUCAGUUGAUUCUUCUGGAGAGGAAGAGCUUGCUAUACAGAGACUUGAGACUACUAAAAAUGACUUGCGUCAUAGAAUUGCGAAAGAGGCAAGAGGGAAUGCAAUUCUGCAGGCUAGCCUUGAGAGAAGGAAACAAGCAUUGCAUGAACGACGAUUGGCACUGGAACAAGAUGUUGCAAGAUUACAAGAACAGCUACAAGCUGAGAGGGACUUGAGGGCUGCCCUGGAAGUUGGAUUGAGCAUGUCUCCUGGGCAGUUAUCAGGCUCUCGCGGUAUGGAUUCUAAGACAAGGGCUGAGCUUGAAGAGAUAGCACUUGCUGAGGCUGAUGUGGCUAGACUAAAGCAGAAAGUUGCAGAGUUACACCAUCAACUUAAUCAGCAGCGCCAAAAUCACUUUGAUCCUCUAGCUGAUGCUUGUGAUCGUUUUCAACAUGCCCAAAACGAUAGCCCUCAACUGAAAUACUUUCAGCAAGAUUUUGACACAACCCUUGCUUUCUGUAAUCAUGAAAGGAAACAAAGGACUGAGGAACUGUUUUGUUCGGAACUGAGGAACGUCAAAGGACCAGCUCUGACGCCUGGCAACACUAGCAGGCAGGCAGCUCACAAACAUUCAUUGGAGUCCACGAGCUUGAGUGAUUCUAAGAGUGCUGAAGCAUCAACCAGUUUAUCCGUGGAUGAAUUUGGUGUUGUUGUUGACUCCGUCUCUCUGCCAUCUACCUCAAGGGCUACGGAGGGAUUGGGUUAUGGUCGGCAUCCUCCUCCAGUCAUUGCAUCUUCCACCUUGGUGGAGUUGACCACACGAUUGGAUUUCUUCAAAGAAAGACGUUCUCAGCUGAUGGAGCAGUUGCACAACCUUGACCUAAAUUACGGGUCAGCUCCACAAGAUUUCAUGUACAAACCACCAUCUUCAUCUCCACCGUGGAACUGAUCAACGGACCAAAGGUGGGGAGGAUACUUGACACAGUUGACAGCAUUUGCAAGGUGUUGCGGGAUCUUACCAUUUGUACAUUCUUUUUUCAUUACUACUGCUGCAUAUGCAUAUUCCCACGAUGUAUUUUUUUUGGGAUGCCAUUUUUCUUUCUUUCUAACUGUUCUCUGAAAUAGAGUGCUCGGUUUGUUAAUCAAUAUUAUGAGUUCUGUGCACUCUACUGUUGUUGUAAGCAUCAUCUUGGCUAUUGUGUAAUAUAUAGAGUUAUGUUUUGUUCU